AUGACCACCUUCCAAUGCUGCUUGCUGUCUUCAUACGGGCGGCUGAAGACCUUUGCAGACGUCACUCCCAACGAGAAUCUCUCUUGUGAAACCCGGUCUGUUACUGAAGAUUGGCCUGCAACCGAACAAGUCGAACUCAAGGAUCUCUCAGCAUCUUUCACGCAUUCUGGAAGGCCGAUCCUUCGAGGCAUCAAUAUCACAACCCAACCCGGCGAGAAAAUCGGAAUCUCCAUUCUCGUCGACGGUGUUGACAUCACUAAAAUCCCACGACAAGUUGUUCGGUCCUGCUUGAACACUAUUCCACAGGAUUCCUUCUUCAUGAAAGGCAGCAUCAGACUCAACGCGUCUUCAGAGAACCUCCACGGGGAUGAGGAAAUUAGUACAGCGCUGCAAAAAGUACAAUUGUGGGCCAUCUUCUUUUCACAUGGCCAGCGGCAGCUCUUUUGCCUUGCACGAGCUAUUUUGCGGAAGAAUAGGAUCGUAGUUUUGGAUGAGGUGUCUAGCAGCGUUGAUAUUACCACAGACAUGCUGAUACAACGCGUUGUUCGAGAGGAAUUUGCUGGAGCAACUAUCAUUGCGAUUGCACAUCGGCUGGACACGGUUCUUGACUUUGAUAAGGUUGCAGUACUGAGUGAGGGAACGUUGGUUGAAUUUGAUUCGCCGCAGGCUCUGUCGGAUCAACCAAGUGCUUUCAGGGAGCUGUAUAAUUCGUGAUCUCGGGUUUUGGAAUUUCGACCCGCAGUUGGGAAUCGUAAAAGAGAACUUUCCCGACAUGGCAC